GUGGCGCGCGCGAUAAUCCAACGACGGUGUCCCGCGUCCCCCUGGUGCGCUGGUUGUGUGUUGACCGUGCCGCGACGAUGGAAUACGGACCAGAAAUAACGUGAUCAUCUGCGGCCCCGGGGGCGAUCAGUCGGACCGAAUUUUUUGUUUGUUUAUUUUUAAUAAGUACGGUUUUUUAAAAAAAAUAUUUUUGGUUACGCCGUACGGAUACGUAUUGAACGCGUCCCAUCUGACGGGCACACGCGGCGGGCACGUCGUGCGGUAUCCGUGCCGGCGGUAGCGACAACGUUUGUGUUGCGCGUCGUUCACAUUGACCGCGCCAUAAACAAUGUAGUAACGUCGUAAAUGUGUGAUAGUAAUUACGAUAGCCGACCGUAUUUAUAGUGUUUCAUCUGUGGUGCGUGGUGCGGUACAGGUGACGUGUUUGCCGACCGGGUUUCGGCACAUAUAGGAAAUCUGGCUGGGACAGACGCGGCCGGGCGCCGGUGCGGGUGGCGGUGGGGAAGGCGGUGGCGGCGGCGGUGCUGCUCGCACAAUGGCGGACUGCCGAGGGCACGUAUUCACCAAGAAAACCUUCCACCUACCGGCCUACUGUCACAAUUGCACCAAUUUGCUAUGGGGCGUCGUGACGCAGGGCAAUUUCUGCACAGUAUGUAAUUAUAUAGCUCACGAAAGUUGUUUAAAAAAGAUUGGCAUAUCACCUUGCCAUAGUGUAGCAGCUAGCUUAAUUAAGAAUCCAGUAUCCCAUUGUUGGUCCGAACCAGUAAGGAGCAGAAGUCAAAAAUGUUGUAACGUUUGUCGGAAGAAACUCGACCACCGCACUCAGAGCAGCGUCACUUGCGAAAUUUGUCAUUACUAUGCUCAUGUAGAUUGUCUGCCAUCAGCCGUCGCUGAUUGUAAAGAAACGGCUACGUACCAUCCCGGUAAGUUGUUGGACUCUGUACAUCACGAACAUCAUUGGAGAGAAGGUAAUCUAAGACCUGGAGCAGUAUGUUACGCAUGUGCCAAACCCUGCUGGACAACUGAUUGUCUUGCUGGAUACCGAUGUGAAUGGUGUGGUAUAACGGCCCAUGCGACAUGUCGCGUCCAAAUAUCUUAUGCAUGUGACUUCGGUAUUCUCGCCCCAAUAUACUUACCACCACAUGCAGUCAGCAUUCCUCGAACAGAAGUGCCUAUGGAGUCGAUUAUUGGUGUGCAAGUUCGCAGAAAAGAAAAGACUACACCACGAAGUAUAUCCGUGGAGUUUAGCAGUGGGGAAAGCAAAACCCGAGAUCCCGAGGAGGAAGAACUUUAUGAGGUGGAGAAAACUAAAGAAGACAGAAACGAAGAACUAGUCAAAGUAUACGAUGGAGAUGCUUCAUACUUAAAACACACAAGUUUCACGGUAAAAGUUCAAAAAGCCGUAAAAACUGAAACACUUAUUGCUACAAUACUUCAAUCAUUAAACAUAUGCCAAUCUACGGAAAAUUUUUAUUUGACUGAUGCCUAUGGUUUGAAUGAACCGGUAUUGGAAGACCCAAAUCCUAUGGCCAACGUUACCAGAUUGGGAGGCAAGAAACCCGCUGUAUUUCUACGGUUGAAACAAGACAGCCACGGCGGACUAGUAAGAGUGUAUCCUGGACGUCUACAAACCGACAUGCCGUUCUGUGUGGUUUCAGUAGACCGACGGACUACGGCCAAAGACUUGAUCGUCGAGUCUUUGGAUCGAUUUGGCUUCACUUCUCACAGUUCGACCGAUUACAGGCUUAGUCAGGUGUUACUUGAACACGGAGUUACGGAACGAGUACUGGAUUAUGAUGAAAAACCGCUAGACAUAAUCAAAAACAUCGGACAGGAAUCUCUCAGACAAAUGGAAUUAAUGCGAUUUUACUUACAACUCAAACAAGAUCCACAUGGGCCCAACAUAGCCCUGUUCAUCGGGAAUUUGCCUACAAAUUUGUCCCAACGUACUUAUGAAACCAUUCUAAUGACAUUUUUAGGAGAAGACUGUAGAUUCAUUACUAUAGGGCCGAUUUAUUACGAAUACGGUUCAAUGGUAAUCACAUAUAACGACACUGCCGUAGCCGUCAACGCCAUGUACAUCCUUAGAGACUCCUCGUACGAGGACAAGCAUUUAUUAGUCAUGCUGCUACCUAAUAUAGAUCCGAAAAUGGUGCCUGGUGAAACGCAACCACUGUUGGUAUUUGUUAACGUGAAGUCGGGUGGUUGCCAAGGAUUGAGUUUGAUAUCUAGCUUUCGCAAACUUCUUAAUCCGUACCAGGUGUUUGACUUAGAGAACGGAGGACCACUGCCUGGGUUGUACGUGUUCAGACACAUUAGAGAUUACAAAAUAUUGGUGUGCGGAGGUGAUGGGACCAUUGGUUGGGUCCUUCAGUGUUUGGACAACGUAGGCCAAGACAGCGAGUGUUCGUCACCGCCAUGUGCAAUUGUUCCACUAGGCACGGGCAAUGACCUGGCUCGAGUUCUAAAAUGGGGCGCAGGGUACAACGGUUCGGAUGAGCCAAUACACCUGUUGGAGGACGUUAUAGAAGCAGAGAAGAUCAGAUUAGAUAGAUGGACCGUCGUCAUUCAUCAUGAAGACAGAUCUGAUGAUCGCCCGAUACCAGUGCCCAAUUCUAUUGGAAUGAACGAAGAUAACACUCAAAUUUUUGUGAUGAAUAAUUAUUUCGGUAUUGGAAUCGAUGCCGACCUCUGUCUAGCAUUCCACAAAGCUCGAGAAAAAAAUCCAGAAAGAUUUAACAGCCGAAUCGGUAAUAAAAUUGAAUAUCUAAACGUUGGUCUACGCAAAAUCAUUCAUCCGCCUUGCAAAAAUCUACAGCAUGGCGUGCGCCUUGAGGUGGACGGAAAACUUGUAGAACUUCCUCAACUUGAAGGGUUAAUAAUUCUAAAUAUCUUGAGUUGGGGUUCUGGAGCGAAACCUUGGGGUCGAAACAGUAACGAAGAACAGUUUUCCACUCCUAACCACUGGGAUGGUAUGCUGGAAGUUGUUGCUGUUUCAGGCGUUAUUCACUUAGGACAAAUACAAACGGGACUCAGAUACGCUAAACGAAUCGCCCAGGGGGGUCAUGUGAAAAUAAAUUUGACCAACGAGGUUCCCGUACAAAUCGACGGCGAACCAUGGGUUCAAGGACCUGGCGAACUAGUCAUCCUUAAAUCGGCUUUAAAAGCCACUAUGCUGAAAAAAGUAAAACGUACAGAACGGAAACAAACUUCUCGAACAAGAGCUGCAAAGUACAUGGCCAGUCUUCAAGCUGUACCAUCCAUAAAUGGAAGCGAAAACGAUUGAAGACAUGGUGAACAUAUACUAAUCUAAAAAAAUGGAAAAUAUUUUCACCUUUUAAAUAAAAAAAGUAGCUGAACCUCAAGGUUACUGCUACACAUAGUAUAAAGUUAAUUUUGAUCGAUCGAUAAUUAUUUAGGAUAUUAAUUUUAAGAUAAAAUAAUUUAUUGUAGCAAAACUAUUUUAGCGUAGAAGCUAAAAUCAUUUAUUAACUAUUGUAUUUUAAGACAAAAUUCUGAUUCUUGCUUUUUGAAUCAUUUUAAUAAUACAGGUACUUUCUUGUACUUAAAAUAUAUCAGAAUAAUGUGACCAAAUAGAUCUGAUGAUAAAUUAAAAUAAAACAUUUUGAUUUGCACAAUUUAUUUUACCCAUAUAAAUCAUAGAAUGUAUUAUUAUUUAUGUAUUAUUUUUAUUGCUUUCAUAUUAUAAAUAUUUAUUAAUUAUUAUUAUUACAUGUUUUGUUUUAUUUCAAAUAAAGUAUUUUGAACCAACAUUAUUGAUGAGAUAAUUGCUUAAGGGCUCAUUCGUUGUGUCCAUUUACGAAUGGGCAUAAUGAAAAGAGCAAUUGUAUCAUUGAUUUACAUGUUAGUUCUUAAUUUUUGUUGUUUAAGUUUGUAUAUUACAAAUGAAUCGGUCAUUAGAGAAACCCCAUAAAUCAGUAUUUUAACCAUAAUGGUUUUUUUUGUUCUUAUCAAUUAUACAGGUGUAGACACACAUGAAGAAACACCUCUUGCCACGGAGAUUUCUCCCGUUCUAGAUAGGGAUUUGGAUUUGCCAUUCAUAGGUUAAACUGUUUAUCCAAUUUAAUGAAAAUUUAUCCCAUUAGUCCCGACUUAAGGUGUUUCUGCAAACAAUGCAAUUCCUUUGAGGAACGCCCUAAGUCCAGCCAAUUUAAAUUCAAAUUUUUGCUAAUUAAAUAAAAUUUAAAAAAUUAUCAAUCAUGUAAACUACUUUGAUUUAGGGUACUAACAAACAAUUAUGUAUUUUCAAACGCUUACUGCCUCUCUAUGUAGGCGGAAGAAGUUUUUUUCCUUUUUUGUAAUAUUUAGCUUUUGUGACUUAAUGAGUUUCUCACUUGACCGGUUCAAAUAUAGGAUAACAAAUUAGGCUUCUUCGUUAUACAAAUAUUCGCAGUUCAACUAUAGAAAAAUGUAAUUUUAUUUUUUAUUGUGUUAUAAAACUUUAAAUGUUUGAUUAAAAGAAAACCUGUAAAC